UCACGUGGGAGCUCCCGGGUGGAGCCGGCGCGGCCCGGCGAGCGCAGGUGAGCGGGGCGGACCCCCCCCACCCCCGCGGCCCGGCAGCGCAGGGGUUAACGGCGGGGGCGGGCGCCCGGCUCAGGUGCACCCCCGGGCCAUGGAGGAGGCCGGGCGGCCGCCGCGGCAGGGGGCCCGGGGCGAGGAGGCGGAGGUCGUGGCGGAGGAGCAGGAGCAGGAGGAGGAGGCGGCGGCGGCGGAGGAGCUGGCGCUGAACCCCUACGACGGGCUGCCCUUCUCGUCGCGCUACUACGGGCUGCUGCGGCGGCGCCGGGCUCUGCCCGCCUGGGCCGCCAAGUACCGCUUCCUGGAGCGGCUGCAGGGCGCGCGCGGCGUCGUGCUCGUGUCCGGACCGCCCGGCGCCGGCAAGAGCACCCAGGUCCCGCAGUGGUGCGCGGAGUACGUGCUGUCGCAGCAGCUGGCGCACGGCCUGGUGGUCUGCGCCCAGCCCCACGGCCCGGCCGCCCUCAGCCUGGCGCUGCGCGUGGCCGACGAGAUGGACCUCAACCUGGGCCACGAGGUCGGCUACUGCGUCGCCCACGACGACUGCUGCACCCCGGAGACGCUGCUCAGGUUCUGCUCGGACGAGAUGCUGCUGCGGGAGAUGAUGUCGGCACCGCUGCUGCAGCGCUACGGGGUGGUGGUGCUGGACGAGGCGCAGGAGCGCACGGUGCCCACGGAUGUGCUGCUGGGGCUGCUCCAGGACGUGCAGCGCCAGCGCCCCGCGCUCCGCCUCGUUGUGAUCGCAGCGCCCGCCCUCGAGCCGCGGCUCCGCGACUUCCUCCGUGACCCCCCGCUGGUCUGGGUGCCGGCACCGCAUCCCCCCUGCCCGGUGCUGUACCACGACCUGCCCGCCCACGCCCGGGUGGCGGCCGCCUGCCAGGCCGUGCUGGACCUGCACCAGCGCCAGGAGCCCGGCGACGUGCUGCUCUACGUGGCCAGCGAGCAGGAGAUCGAGGAGUGCUGCGAGGCCCUGGAGGCCGCGGCUGCAGCGCUGCCCACAGCGCUGGGCCCGCUGCAGGUGCUGCCCCUGCACCCCGGCCUGGGGCGGGCAGCCCAGAAGGUCUACGCGGCGCCGGAGCCCGAGGAGGCAGGAGCAAGCCGGCCACGGCGGGCGAUCGUCACCCACUGGCUUGCGGAUUCCUCCUUCUCGCUGGACGCCGUGAGCCACGUUGUGGACACCGGGCUGGAGCUGCGCAGCGUCUACCACCCCUGGAUCCGGGCCGAGUCCCAGGUGCUGCGACCCGUCAGCCAGAGCCAGGCAGAGUCACGGAGGCAGCGGGCCACAGGCUCGUGCCUGCGCCUGUACCCGGAGGCCGAGGCGCAGCGCCUGCCGCCCUGCCCUGCGCCCCAGGUGGCCGAGGCCAACCUGAGCCGCCUCGUGCUGCUGCUCAAGCGCCUCGACAUUGCCGACAUGGGCCAGUGCGACUUCCUUGACCGGCCAGCCCCCGAGGCGCUGAUGCAGGCGCUGGAGGACCUGGACUACCUGGCCGCGCUGGACGACGACGGGAACCUGUCGGAGGUCGGCAUCAUCAUGUCCGAGUUCCCGCUGGACCCGCCGCUGGCCAAAGCCCUGGUGGCUGCCUGCGAGUUCGACUGCGUGGAUGAGAUGCUGACGCUGGCUGCCAUGCUCACAGCUGGGCCCUGCUUCCUGCCGGUGCCCGCACGCCUGGAGGAGGCCAUGGCUGCACGGCGCCGGGUACUGCUGCACCGCGAUGGCGACCACUUCACCCUCAUCAAUGUCUUCCACGCCUACCAGCAGCACGGGGCGGAUGAGGGCUGGUGCCGCAAGCAGGGGCUGAGCGCAGCGGUGCUGCAGCGAGCGGUGGCGCUGCGGGCCGAGCUGCUGGAGGCCAUGCGGCGCAUCGAACUGCCCGUGUCCCCCCCGGCCUUCGGUGCCCCUGGCAACAUCUGCAACCUCCAGCGCGCCCUCGUCUCCGGCUGCUUCCUCAAGGUGGCGCGGGACCUGGACGGGGCCGGGAACUACACGAUGUUGACGCACCGGCACGUGGCCCAGCUGGCGCCCACCUGCUGCUACCGCCUGCGCCGCCCGCCCCCGCGCCCGCCGCCCUGGCUGCUCUUCCACGAGUUCUGCAUCUCCCAGGACAACUGCCUGCGCGUCGUCUCCGAGAUCCAGCCCCGCCUGCUGGCGGAGCUGGCCCCCCAGUACUACCUGAGCAACCUGCCGCCUAGCGAGAGCCGCGAUGUGCUCAUGGAGCUGCGGGAGCAGCUGGCAGCCGAGGCGGCCACGCCGGAGGCCCCCGCACCGGCGCAGGAGGGUGCUGCAUCCACCCUGCAGGAGGACGAUGAUGGGGACCAGGACGUGUGCACGCUGCAGUGAGCGAGAGCCGCUGGAGCCUGGCCGGUGGCUGGCAGCUCAGGGCUGCUGUGUCGUGUCCCAGCUGUCCUCCCCCACGUCUGCGGCCGGAGCCCGGCCCCGCGGCAUGUCAGGGACUGAGGCUGAGGGCGGUGGCAGGCGCUGUCUGCUUGGUGCCGGGGCUGUCCCAUCGUCAUGCUGGCUGGGGACGGGGAUGGAGGCUGCCUCCGACGCUGUGGGGUCGCGUGGUGCUGCUGGGGGUGUGGGCUCUGCGGGCCGUGCCCGGAGCUGCGGGUCUGUCGGAGGGCCGGGGGGGCCGGGGCUGCAGGAGCAGGAAGGGGCCCAGCCAGAGGGCUCUUGUGUAUAAAGUUUUUCUGUGA